AUCAACGCGACAAACCCGGAAGGAAGUAUCAGGCUGAGGGGUGUGGCGGUUUUCUGCGGUUGCACGGGGCUUUCGGACGAGUACGGAGCGCCUGGAGGGACAACCGGGAUUGAAGUGCCGAGAUGGCUCAACUGGGAGCAGUUGUGGCCGUGGCUGCCAGUUUCUUGUGUGCAUCUCUCUUCUCUGCUGUGCACAAGAUAGAAGAGGGGCAUAUUGGGGUGUAUUACAGAGGCGGUGCGCUGCUGACGUCUACCAGUGGCCCUGGUUUCCAUCUUAUGCUCCCUUUCAUCACAUCAUAUAAGUCUGUGCAGACCACACUCCAGACAGAUGAGGUGAAGAAUGUACCUUGUGGGACUAGUGGUGGUGUGAUGAUCUACUUUGACAGAAUUGAGGUGGUAAACUUCCUGGUCCCAAAUGCAGUGUACGAUAUAGUGAAGAACUACACUGCUGACUAUGACAAGGCCCUCAUCUUCAAUAAGAUUCACCACGAGCUGAACCAGUUCUGCAGCGUACAUACACUUCAGGAGGUCUACAUCGAGUUGUUUGACCAGAUUGAUGAAAACCUCAAACUGGCUUUGCAACAGGACCUAACCUCCAUGGCUCCUGGGCUUGUCAUCCAAGCUGUGAGGGUAACAAAGCCCAAUAUACCUGAAGCAAUUCGCAGAAACUACGAGUUGAUGGAAAGCGAGAAGACAAAGCUGCUUAUUGCAGCCCAGAAACAGAAGGUGGUGGAGAAGGAAGCCGAGACAGAGCGGAAGAAGGCACUUAUUGAGGCAGAAAAAGUAGCUCAAGUUGCAGAAAUCACUUAUGGACAGAAGGUGAUGGAGAAGGAGACUGAGAAGAAGAUUUCCGAAAUUGAAGAUGCUGCAUUCCUGGCCCGGGAGAAGGCAAAGGCUGAUGCUGAGUGUUACACUGCUAUGAAAAUAGCUGAAGCAAAUAAGCUGAAGCUGACCCCUGAAUAUCUGCAGCUGAUGAAGUACAAGGCAAUUGCUUCCAACAGCAAGAUUUACUUUGGCAAAGACAUCCCCAACAUGUUUGUGGACUCUGCAGGCAACCUGGGCAAGCAGUUUGAGGGACUAGCUGACAAGCUGAGUUUUGACUUACAAGAAGAGCCCUUGGAGGCAGCCACUGAGGGAAACUGAAAAUGUUUAUAUACAGCCUCAGAUGACACUUGAAGAAACCUUUAUUUUUUUUUAUGAUGAACCAAAAUGCCCCCUCCCUCCUAAACUACCUUCUUUGACUCUCUUCAAAGUGUUUUGGUGAAAAAGAAAAAAAGGACUCAAAUCAACUCCUUCCUGGUAAAAGGGAGGAGGGGGGGCAGGGAAUUGAUGAUUUGGGAUUUUAUUCAGGUGAGUAGGUUGCUUCUCGUAAGAUUUAUAAACCAUAGGUAUAAUCUCUGAUUUCCAGGCAUUAAUUUUGAUCCUUCAAAACUGACUGACUUAGGGAUGCUGUCAUUAAGAAGUGGGGAACUUGUCAGAUAUUGCUUCCAGGUGAUAUGAUUUCCCUUUUAUGGGAAAAUGUAGUCCAGUUUUCUCAUCCCUGCCUCCAAAGUGAGAGGUAUCUGUGGGAGAGACUCAGCAACUGAGAAAAUAUGUGCUUGUUAGUUUGCUAGUGGAGCUGUGGAGAAACAACUGCAGCGAAUGCUUGACUUUUUUGG